UAAACCCGGUUCAAUACUAAACCCGGUUCAUCUUCCGAAUCAAUUCCAACGCGCCGCCAUACAGUCUUGAUCUCCCAAAUCUCAAGAUUCUCCACACAAACAGCGUCGUUCUUCGGCAGCACACACAUUCUCUCUCAUCCCAAACCCUAACCCUAGAGUCUGGAAGCGUCUCUCCCAUGGCGUACCAGACCCCCAAUCACGAUUCACCUUCCGAUUCCAAUACCCAAAAACGUCUCUACAAUCCCUACAAAGACCUCGAAGUCCCCAUUCGAAACCUCUACCAACUCCCCACCUCACCCGAACACCUUUUCGUCGAAGAGGCCGCCCGAAAACACCGCUCCUGGGGUGAAACCCUAACCUUCCUCACCGGCUGCGGCUACCUCGGCGGCGCCGUUGCUGGCGCCGGCGUAGGCCUCGUCGAAGGCGUUAAAUCGUUCGAGUCAGGAGACACCAUGAAGCUCAGAGUCAAUCGGAUUCUCAAUUCGUCUGGUCACACCGGUCGAACAUGGGGGAACCGCCUCGGAGUGAUCGGGUUGCUUUACGCAGGAAUUGAGAGCGGGAUCACGGCUGCGAGAGACACCGACGAUGUGUUGAACAGUAUAGCGGCGGGGCUUGGGACUGGCGUGUUGUAUCGAGCUACGAGAGGGGUUAGAUCGGCUGCUGUGGCGGGUGCUGUUGGUGGAGUUGUGGUCGGAGUGGCUGUAACGGCGAAGCAGGCGUUGAAACGAUACGUGCCGAUUUGAGGAUCAUCAUGAGUGAGCUCUCAAUUUUAUUUUUUGUUACCAUCAAUUUUGAGUAUUUGAUUGUGGUAUAAAAUUGUAUACCAGCUUGUGGCAGUGCUGCCCUUGCAGACAAUUGGCUUAAUUCAUAUUUUUUUCAGCUUCAUAAUGGCUAACCUUUGUAGUGUAAUUUGCUUAGUGAUCUCGAAUGAAUAAUUUGGAUGGCUUU